CUUGAUCUGGGCGCUGGAGCCUUUCCAGGAGGAGGGAGGCAUUCCUGGGAGAUUACCAGCCAGGCCUGGCUCACCUGCCUCACCUCCCGCCUCCCCAAACCCCCACCUCCAGACCCCCCGAAACUGGGAGUGCAGCAUCUCCUGCCCCUGCUUCCUUGGCAAGAUCCAAACCCCCCCUCCCCGCCAAAUGGGUCUGAGCCCGGUGCCGUCCCGAGCCGCUUCCGACCCCCGCCGCUCCCCGCCACCUGCUCCCCGUUCCUGCCAGGACUGGGGCUGCGUGGCCUUGGAUGGUGGCAGCGGUGACACUGGCACGGCCGGCGCUUUGCUCGGCGAGCCCCUGCCCUGCUCUCCGUGCCACCACGGUGCCAUAAUGUCACUUCCAUGCCAUGCCAUGCCACGCCCGUGCCGUGCCGCCCAUCCAAAGGUCUUCCCAAGGCCCCGGCCUCGAGGUUCCCACCCCGAUAGCGGCGGGGGCCGAGCCCCCUUCCCCGCCCGCCCCUUGCCUCGUCGCCGGCCGCACUUUGGACACUGGCAGCCCUGGAAAAUCCUGACUUUUUGCUGGUUCUCUCUCCUGGUUUCGCCGCGGCAGGCCCGCGGAGCUGAGCUCCGGCGAUGGAGCGUCCGGCGAGCACGGCGAUGGCGGAGAAGCAGAACCCGGUGGACUACGGCGUCCAGAUCCGCUUCAUCAACGACCUGCAGGAGCCCCGCAGACCCCCCCGGGCCAGGGGCAAACCGGGCUCCUACGGGGUGGCCGUGCGGGUGCAGGGCAUCGCCGGGCAGCCCUUCGUGGUCCUCAACAGCGGCGAGAAGGGCGGCGACUCCUUCGGGGUGCAGAUCAAGAGUGAGGGCUCCUACCCCAGCCCCCCCGCUGGCCCCAAACCCUCCGGCUCCAUCAGCUCCGACUCGGACCUGCCGGAAAAUCCGUAUGCCGGGAGGCAACCCCGGCACGGCUCGACCUACAGCACCUCGGAUGAGGAGCCCAACGGGGUCUCGGGGACCUCCCGGUACCAACCCAAACCUCCCCCGGGCCGGCGCCCGCUGGGCGAGGAGCUGAGGAGGACGCAGUCCCACGGGGACCUGCUCGGAGCCAUCGUGGAUGAACCCUUGGCCACCGGCGCUCCCUGGGCCAGCGGCAACCGGCAGCCCCGGGCCCUGGCCGGGGGUAAAAGCAGCAGCAUGGGGAACGUGGCACCGGGCACCAGGGCCAUGGCCAAGGACCCUUCCUCAGACACGGAGGUGUCCGUGGGUGAUGUGGACACCAAACCCCUCUCCUCGGUGGAUUCGCUCAUCAGUAAAUUCGGCGGCCAGGGGCAGCCACGCGGGCGGGCAGCCCGAAGGGGACGGAUCCCCACGCAGGAAAGGAAACGCUCCCAGAGCCUGGACAGCCGUGUGCCCCCCAGUGCUGGGCAGGGGGCUGGCAGUCUGAGCCCCCAGCCCACGGUGCCCCCCGGCAGCUUGAGCGGGGCGAGGGGCCGGGGGUCCGAGGAGCCGACGGGCGAGCGGCUGCAGAGCAAAGCCCGGGCAGAGCUGCAGCUCAAAUCCACCCCUGACCUGCUGCGGGACCAGCGGGAGGUGGCCCAGCCCGGCAGCAGCGAGCACCCCAAGGAGCUCAUCUACAGCAUCCUGAAGGAGGGGAGCAGUGAGAGCGAAAUCUCCCUGAAGAGGAAAACCACCCGGCUGCUGGAGAAGAUGCAGGAGCUGGUGGUACCCACCAAGGCUGUGGCGUGUUCCCAGCCUCAGCACAGAGAUCUGGCCAGAAGGGUGGAGGAGUUGCAGGAGAAACUCGAUGAGGAGACCAAGCUUCGCCAGAAGCUGGAGCUGAGCAGGGAGCCGGGGGGCAGUGGCUCUGCUCGGGCCCUGGAAGCCCGGCUGGGAGAGGCUGAGGGGGAGAGCCAGAGGCUGCGGGGGGCCCUGGAGAAGAAGAACCAGGAGCUGCAGAGGAGUUUGCAGGAGCUGGGCGAGGUGAAACUGGCCAAGGAGCAGGUGGAGAGGCAGCUGGGCCACUGCGAGGAGCAGCUGGUGGCCACGCACCGGGAGCUCGACCGCCUGCGCCAGGGCUCCGGCGCAUCCCCGGACGGCGAAGCUUUGUACAAGGAGCUGCUGGAGACGCGUGAGGAGCUGGAGGAGGCCCUGGGCUGGCGGCAGAGGCAGGAGGAGCAGCUGAGGCUGCGGGAGCGGGAGCUGACGGCGCUGAAAGGAGCCCUGAAGGAGGAGGUGUCCAACCAUGACAAGGAGCUGGACCGAGUCCGGCAGCAGUGCCAGAGCGACAUGGAGCAGCUGCGGCGCAGUGUGGAGAACAUGGCACAGGAUCAGGCCAACCUGGAGUCAGAGAGGCAGAAGAUCAACACGGUGGUGAGGAACCUCCAGCGGGAGCUGGAGGAGAGCGCAGAGGAGACGGGGCACUGGAGGGAGAUGUUCCAGAAGAACAAGGAUGAGCUCCGUAACACCAAGCAGGAGCUGCUGCAGGUGAAGCUGGAGAGGGAGGAGUUCGAGGAGGAGCUGCGGGAGCUGCAGGAACGAUUCGCGGCCGCCCGGGAGCAGGCGGAGCAGGCACGGAGCAGCGCGGUGGAUCCCGGGCAGCUGGAGGCUCUCAGGAAGGAGCUGCGGGAGGUGCAGCGGGAGCUGGCAGAGGAGCAGCAGGGCCGGGAGGAGCGGGAGCGGGAGCUGAGGGUCCUGCGGGGCACCAUGAAGGAGGAGACCUCCAAUCACCACGGGGAGCUGGAGCGGCUCCGUGGGGACCUGCAGCAGCUCCAGGAGGAGCGGGAUGAGGCCAACAAGGCGAAGGCAACGCUGGAGAGCGCGCGGGAGGCGUCGGAGCGGGCGAGGAAGGCGGUGGAGUCCACCCUGCGGGAGCUGCAGGAGCAGAACGAUGACCUGAGGAGGAAGAUCCUGGGGAUGGAGAUGCAGCUGAAGGAGUAUGAGCGCUUGGGCGAGAACUGGGAGGGCUCCCAAGUGCGGCUCAAGGAGAAGGUCACCAAACUGGAGGCUGAGCGCAGGCAGAUGGAGGAGACCCUGGGUGAAGCCACGGAGCGGGAGCAGGAGCUGCUGAUGGCCAAGAGGUCUUUGGAGAUGCGGCUGGAGGAGGCCCAGAGGGGUCUGUCCAGGUUGGCCCAGGAGCACCGGGAGCUGAGCAGCUCCUUCCAGGAGGAGCAGCGGCAGAAGGAGCAGCUCAAGCGCGCCAAGAGCGAGCUGGAGGAGCAGAAGCGUCUGCUGGAUCGCACCACCGAGAAGCUCAACAAAGAGCUGGAGCAGAUGACGGAGGAGUCUCACAGCUCCUUGGCCGAGCUGAAGUCUCAGCUGGAGGAGUUCAAGGAGAAGUCCCGGAAGGAGAUCACGGAUUCCCAGAAGCAGGCCAAGGAUCGGGGUGCUGAGGUGGAGAAGAUGCAGUUCAGCAUGGGGAGGCUGCAGGAUGAGGUGUCCCGGCUGAAGCAGGCGCUGCAGGAGAGCCAGGAGGAGCGGGAGAGCGCGGUGCUGGACAGGGAGGUUCUGCUGCAGCGCCUGCACAACCUGGAGCAGGACCUGGAGACCAAGAAGCGCUCCCAGGACGAUCGCUCGCGGCACGUCAAGGCCCUGGAGGAGAAGUCCAAACACCUGGAGGUGGAGCUGGAUGAGGAGAGGACAACAGUAGAGCUGCUGACAGAGAGGGUGAACCGGAGCAGAGAUCAGAUCGAGCAGCUGCGGGCGGAGCUGCUCCAGGAACGCUCCACGCGCCAGGACCUGGAAUGUGACAAGGUCUCCCUGGAGAGGCAGAACAAGGAGCUGAAGAGCCGCCUGGCCAGCUCGGAGGGGCUGCACAAACCCAGCGGCCACGUCCCGCAGCUGGAGGCAAGGCUGGAGGAGCUGCAGGACAAGCUGCAGGUGGAGGAGAGGGAGAAGAACCUCCUGCUGUCCUCCAACCGCAAGCUGGAGAGGAAGGUGAAGGAGCUGAGCAUCCAGAUCGAUGACGAACGGCAACACGUCAACGACCAGAAGGACCAGCUGAGCCUGCGGGUGAAGGCCCUGAAGCGCCAAGUGGACGAGGCCGAGGAGGAGAUCGAGCGGCUGGAAGGCGCCCGCAAGAAGGCACAGAGGGAGCUGGAGGAGCAGCACGAGCUCAACGAGCAGCUCCAGAACCGGGUCAAGGCGCUGGAAAAGGAGGCCUGGCGCAAGGCCGCCCGCUCGGCUGCGGAUUCCUCGCUGCAAGACGAGCAGCUCAGCUCCGACGAGGACUUCGACAGCGCCUACGGCCCCUCCUCCAUCGCCUCGCUGCUCAACGAACCCAACCUCCAGACCAGCUCCUGCUGACACCUCUCCUGUCCCCAGAACCGGCCCACGAAGGAAGGUGCCGGGGGGGUGGAACCCCCGGACACUGUCUCGCCUCCUCAUCUUCACACAGGUCUCAGGGAGUGUUUGCAACGUGGCUUUCUGCUGAUGUCCCCCUUGGUGGCUGGGUCCCACCAGGACACUGUGACCACGGUGUCCAGGACAUGACCCAUGGGGAUCAGGCUCCCACGGGGCAGCCGGAGGGUCCGGGGGCACCCGCGGCUCCAGCCCCCCCAGUUUAUUUUUAUACACAGCUGCCCUUCACCCCCCCGCUGCCCCUCUCCCUCUUCAAGCGCUAUUUUAAAUAAAAAUGGACAUUUUAAGGCC